GCGCCGCGAGGUGGUUCUCGGCUGCUCCUCAGGUUUCCUCCCGCCCGCCGGCCGGCUGCUGGCUGCCGCGCCGCCUCCCUCCCUCGCUCCCUCCCCUCCGCAGCUGGGCCCACUCUGCGGCCUCGGCCCGCCUCGCCCCCGCCCCGGCCUCCUCCCGCUUUCUCUCUCCGCUUCCCCUCGAGCUUCCGAAGAGUCCGCAGCCGCGGGGCGCCCGGGAAGAUGGCGGCGGCGGCUGGAGACGGCGGCGGCGAGGGGGGCGCGGGCCUGGGCGGCGCGGUGGGGCCGGGGGCGCGCGAGGGCUCCCUGGACCCCGCGCCCGCGGUGCUGCACCCAGAGGAGGUCGCCGCGAGGCUGCAGCGGAUGCGGCGGGAGCUGAGCAACCGCAGGAAGAUCUUGGUGAAAAACCUGCCCCAGGACAGCAGCUGCCAGGAAGUUCAUGAUUUGUUAAAAGAUUAUGAGUUAAAGUACUGUUAUGUGGACAGAAAUAAACGAACAGCUUUUGUUACCUUAUUGAAUGGAGAACAAGCCCAGAGUGCAAUUCAGAUGUUUCAUCAAUAUUCUUUUCGAGGCAAAGACUUGAUAGUUCAACUCCAGCCCACAGAUGCUUUGCUAUGUAUUACCAACCUGCCCAUUUCUUUUACAUUAGAAGAGUUUGAAGAACUUGUUCGUACUUAUGGAAAUAUUGAGAGAUGUUUUCUGGUCUACAGUGAAGUUACUGGCCAUUCCAAAGGCUAUGGAUUUGUGGAAUACAUGAAAAAGGACUUUGCUGCAAAGGCUAGAUUGGAACUAUUGGGUAAACAGUUGGGAGCAUCAGCACUCUUUGCACAAUGGAUGGAUGUUAAUCUAUUGGCCUCAGAGCUCAUUCAUUCUAAGUGCCUUUGUAUAGAUAAACUCCCUAGUGACUACAGGGAUUCAGAAGAGCUGUUGCAAUUUUUUUCCAGUAUCCAUAAGCCUGUAUUUUGCCAGCUUGCACAGGAUGAAGGUAGUUACGUUGGUGGCUUUGCAGUGGUUGAAUAUCACAGUGCAGAGCAUGCUGAAGAGGUUCAGCAAGCAGCAGAUGGCAUGACCAUCAAGGGAAGCAAAGUCCAGGUUUCCUUCUGUGCCCCAGGAGCACCCGGACGAAGUACAUUAGCAGCAUUGAUAGCGGCUCAACGUGUGAUGCACAGUAAUCAAAAGGGAUUACUUCCAGAGCCAAAUCCAGUACAAAUUAUGAAAAGUUUAAACAACCCCGCCAUGUUGCAAGUUCUUCUACAACCCCAACUACAACGAGCUGUCAAACCAGCAGUGCUGGGAACCCCUCACAGCUUGCCGCAUCUGAUGAACCCACCCAUCUCCCCUGCAUUUCUACACUUGAAUAAAGCACACCAGAGCUCAGUUAUGGGUAAUACUUCUAACUUAUUCCUUCAGAAUCUGUCUCAUGUACCCCGGACACAGCAACAGUUAAUGAAGUCUGAGAAUAUCCAUACUAAUAAUAAGCCUGGCUUACUUGGAGAACCCCCGGCUAUGGUACUUCAAACUGCACUAGGGAUAGGGGCAACGCUUCCCUUGAAAACGGAGAUGGGACACCACGGAGAAACCCAUAAAACAUCUAAUCUGAUUCCAACUCAAACAACUAUAGCAGCUGGAAUGGGCAUGUUACCAUUCUUCCCAAAUCAGCAUGCUGUUGGACAAGCCGGGCCGGGGCUGGGUAAUACUCAGGAGAAACAGACCGCCGCGGUGGCAAUAGCAGAAGGAAAUUUCUCAGGGACACAGCCUUACCUUCAGAGCUUUCCAAACCUUGCUGCUGGAGGCUUACUGACGGGACACCAUAAGCAGCAGCAGAGCCAGCCAAAAGGCCCGGAGGCUGCCUCUAAGAAUCAGACUUCACUCUUGGGAGAACCACCAAAAGAAAUUCGACUCAGUAAAAAUCCAUAUUUGAAUCUGGCAAGUGUGUUACCCAGUGUGUGCUUAUCAUCUGCUGCAAGUAAAAACACUCUAAAUAAGACUGGAAUUGCAAGCAACAUUCUGGAUGCAAUCUCUCAGGGAAAUGAAUCGCAGCAAGCAUUGGAGAAGUGCAUUGCUUAUUCCCCACCUUUUGGUGACUAUGCCCAGGUGUCCUCUUUAAGAAAUGAAAAGCGAGGCUCGUCCUAUCUCAUCUCUGCUCCAGAAGGUGGCGCAGUGGAAUUAGUUGACCAGCACUCUCAGGGCACCGGAGCAUAUUACAUGGAAACCUACUUAAAAAAGAAGCGAGUGUAUUAAGUUUUCUCCUUAUAACCUCCUGAGAUUCUCUGCAGUAUCUCUGCUGUUCAUCGCUGCCUUAACUUCAUUCAAACUAGCCAUAUCCUAUAAAUACGGGUUUAUUAUUUCCCAGAAGGAACUGUGUUGUGCAGCAGGCAGAAUUGCCAAAUAAAAAACAGUAGCAAUAAGAAGAGACAUUAAUUGAGGACAUUUUCCACUAGAAUUAGAUGCAUCUUAAUUAAUGUGACAUUAACUUACUGUCCAUUGGAGAAAUUAACCAUGUUUCAACAUUCCUUGUUUGAGGAAUGGGAACAAUUUUGACAUCACAUAUGAAAGUCUGAAGCAAUAAAUGGGAAGCAAUCUUGUUUCCUUAGCCUUAGGAUGAAUUUCUUAUAAGCCAAUGUGCAUUUUAAUUUACUUCCCCUAGAAGUAAUCUCAUUUAUAGAUUUUUAGGACUUUUCCUAGAACUACAACAAGGGUGCAAGUACCAAACGUGAUGAUGGCCAUAAAGAUGCUAUAAAGAUGCUCUUUAUGCAAAUUUCAUUAUCACCCCCACACCAGCCAUACUCUCUUAAACCCAACAACGAUAAUGAAGUCCAAGGCAUACACUACUGCAGAUGCUUGACCCUUAAGGUGUUAUUACUAUUCAUACCUUUUGUAAAAAUCUCAAGCUAUCUUAGGUAAAUAACUUUGGUGAUCUAAUACAGGGGUUAGCAAGCCACCCUAGGACCAGAUUCAGUCCACCACUUAUCUUUGUGCUGCCUGCAAGGUAAGAAUGACAUUUUACAUUUUUAAAUGGUUGGAGGCGGGGGAUGAAAACUUCCUACAUGAAAUGGAAGUAUCAGUGCCCACGAAAUUUUAUUGGACCACAGCUACGCUCACUCACUCACGUAUCAUCUGUAGCUACUUUUAUACUACCUUGGCAGAACUGAGUAGCUUCAACAGAGACCAUAUAGCCUAAAAAGCCUAAAAUAUUUACUGUCUGACCCUUCAUAGUUUGCUGGCACUGAUCUGAUGGAACUAAUUCCCCAUUGUGGUUAUUUCGCCUAAAGAAGGACCUUUAACCUAUGAGAUAGACUUAUAAGUGGCAAGAACAUAGGUUUCUGUCUCUCGUUUCAUAGCAUAGACUCGUGAUGAUCUAAUUAUUAGACAGGGUCAUUUUUGUCAUCAAUGCCCAAUAUUUCCACAACAGAGUAAAGCAGUCGAUACUGCACUCUCAAAGUUUUAUGGGGACAUGGUAUUUAUAACCAUUUUGAGCUAAUAAGCUAUACCUCACUCUCUGGUUUGUCUCUCAUUCUUUUGGGUAGUAUAUUAUGCUGAAAAAUGAGCUAUUUUACCCAAUUUACUUCUGAAAAGAAUUUUUGUCUUUAUUAAUGUGACUUUUAACAUCACCAUUUUCUGAAGACCUUGGUAUUAAAUGCAUGAGACACAUUUUGCCAUUUAGAAAUUUCUACAUCUGUUCAUUGUUAUAAGACUAUAAUUGAAUUUGGAAUCUCAAUAAUCCUUUCAGAUCAGAUCCUUAAAACAUAUCAUUUGGGAAGACUUGUUUUUGACUAUGAUAUAGACAUCCUGCUUUACUUAUGAAGUCUAGAACUGGUUCAUAUGUUGUAUGCUUUGUAAAGAAUUUUACUUGGUCUAAUUUAUUAUAUUUACUUACUUCUGUUGGAAAACUAUGGCUGGAAAGUUAGACUAAGACAGUUUCUAAGAAGUAUACUACCUAUAAAUCACAAUCAGGAUUUUAUCAGUUAUAUGGCAGAUGACUAAUGGCAUCUCCAUGUCCUGUACUUCUCCUUCCAAUUUUCCUGCUGUAUUUUGCCUCUUCAGUGCUUAGUCAUACUUCUACUGCAGUUAAGAAUAGAAGAAAGGGAAGAUGGUGAAUUUUACAUGAGCUACAAAGUGAGAACAGGCACAGGUCGAAAGAACAAAAACAUGCUUUGGAUCACAGCACCAGUAGAUUUGCCAUCCAUAUUGGCCUGUGGCCGUUUUCACUGGACAUAAUAGAAGUGCAGUGCAAGCGGUGUCAGUAAUGAGUCAUUACCAAUCCUCCUCUCUCAGAAUCUAUACUGUUAUUUUUCUAUGUAAGUGAAUUGUUUAAAAUGCUUCAAAAAUGAAAACUUAAUAUUAAAACGCAUAUGCAUGUAAA